AUGACUGGUUUGAUGCGGCUGAUGCUAUUACUACUACUACUGCUUCUGUUGUUGAUGUUGCUGCUGCUGCUUCUGCUUCUGCUGUUUGGUGGUGGUGGUAGUGGUGCUGGUGAUAAUGGUGUAGUAGUGGUGAUAUCGGUAGGUAGUGCUACUGCUAUUACUGCAGUGGCACUGCUAGCAGGUUACGAGAAGAAUUUCAUGGUGAAAGAUAAAACGAUGAAAUCUUCGGAAAUUCUUGAAAUGAACGGAAGAGAUAGACCUGCAAUGGCUAAAGUUACAAUGAAUGAUAAUGUUGAUAAUGAUGAUGAUGAUGAUGAUGAUAGUGAUUGA